CAAGAAGUCACCCCUCUGCAAGAAGUAGAAAGACAAGGAUCGUAACAAAGUUUGGAGUGAUUCAUCCCUUCAUCUCGUGCUGCUGGUGGAAAAAUUAAAGUUUUGUGUUAAAAACUAGCGCAGGAAAAGUGAUGACCAGCAAGAGCAUACUGCAGUCGGUUCGGGAGGACGAUUUCGUCGAGUAUUGGCUGUUCCCGGCCGGUUUGGAUCAGAAGGAUGUGUCGCUGGAAAAUUGCGAAUCGCAGCUAGAGGAACUCCGGGCCGAGGUCAAUAAACUGGCCGGGGAUUACUGCCGUCGCUACAUUUGGCACCGGGAUGGGUUCAAGGUCACCAUCCGGAAGGGCGGUCGGGUGCAGCGAUUGUUGCUCGAGGCCAGCAAUCAGCAGGAAGAACCGGAAGCUACGCUACCGCCUCAUCUAUACGGCAUUACACACUACGGGGAUAACGUGCAAGACGAAUGGUUCAUCGUUUCGCUGCUAUUUCAUCUUACUAGCAGAAUUCACGGCCUGUUGGCGCGGGUUGUCGAUUCUGACGGAGAAUUCCUACUGAUCGAAGCGGCCGAACAUUUGCCCCGGUGGGCCAAUCCGGAGCGCUGCGAGGGUCGCGUAUUCAUCUACGAUGGGGAACUGUAUCUCGUUGGAACCGAGGAACAGAAGGAUGCCCAUCCAUUGGAACAGGUCAUACAAGAACUGAAAUCGGAAACACGUUCCAAGUGGGCGGUUUCCAAAGAAAUCAAAUCCUGCAUCGAUGAGCGGACAAGGGAUUUCCCUGACAAAAUCGAAGAAAGCCAUCACAGAGCGAAUUUGUUCGUUCCCGUAGGGGUAGCAGCCGCUCUGAAAGAAAAUCCUCAACUGGUAUCAGCUGCAGUAUUAGCGUUCUGCAAUCGAGAUCCCAUCGAUCUGAAGGCAUGCCGAGCGAUGAGAUUCUUCCCACCGGAGAAUUGCGUCUACACCAGUGCCGUGUUCACCCGAUGCCUCUAUGCAAUGCUUAUGCAUAGUAACUACCUCCCGGAUCGGAGAACCGGCUGGAGCCUCCCUUUGGCCAGUGACCCGAAUUAUAAGGCACACAUGCUGGGCCUCAAGCUGGCCUGUGGAUUUGAAAUAUUGGCGUCGCAAGCAAAGUCGAUGCAGUCGUUGGAAACGGACAAAGGGUGGCAGAGCUACUUUGAAUCGCUGAAAGCGAAAGGAUACUUCCAGGACAACAUUGUCGGAUCUCAGGAACACAACCGUCUUCUAAAAAUAGCUCAAGAUUAUUACCAAGAAAACCGCGAUUCCAUGAAGUUCACGCCUAAAAUCGGCGAAGAAAUCGUGUCCAUCCUGAAACGGAACGACUUCGACGCAGACGAACUUCGCCAGGAGGGCCAAAACCUUCCUCCACCGGAUGACGACAGCUGGAUCAACAUUUCUCCGGAAGAACUGGACCGAAUGCUCACGGAACGGUACGGCACCCGAAAGCUGUUUUCGAUGAACGGAAAUGCCAGCCCCGAAGCAUUCACCAGCAUGGUAACCGACUUUCUCGAACAGAAAAGUGAAUUCGAUGGAGUUGACCAAGACGCGGCCAUAGCCCAGCUAGAUCUGGGAGCGUUCAAGCCUGUCAAGCCGAAGCGCACCAAAAGCAAGGCCAAAGCGGACUUGCAGAAUAAUCUUCCGCAGCCUUCGCCUCUGCAUCAGCCGAUAGAUUUCGAUCCGGAUGCCUUCGGUGCCCACGUGAAGCACAUGUUGGAUCUGGUGAUUCCGGAAGAUCGUUGGGAUUCCUCGGAUGCGUCUGAUAUGAGCGAUUACGACGAGGAUGCCUACGAUCAGAACAUCGAGGACAUGGCGACGUCUCGUAGGGCCAAAGGCGUUAAGAACGAACUGCAAACAUACAUGGACCAGAUGGAUCGGGAGCUGGCCAAGACUACGAUCGGCAAGAGCUUCGAAACGGACAUCAGUGAAUCGAAUCGGGAAGAGGAUGAGGCUAGACGACAAUCCGACUUGGACGAUUUCGAUGACAUCGAAAGCUUCAAACCGGUGAACAUCGACGUGAACGUGCUGAAGAAUAUGAUGGAAAGUUACCAAUCGCAGGUCGGUGGCCCGGGACCUGCUGCGAACCUCCUCGGAUCGAUGGGAGUCCAUCUGUCGAGGACUUCCAACGGACCAUCCAAAUCAGGGAACACAAAGCAAACUGAUGUUUGAACGUGCUGUUAGUGCCAUGGUGUUAAACUUUGCUUCCGCAUGUCGCAAGCUUCUCUCCGUCUCUCUCUUUCCCAUUGCAAGGGGCAAUCAUUUCUAGAUAGAUAAUAUACGAAACGUAUCAUCAUAGUGCUAGAGUGUGUCUGUCGAACCUGUUAGAGUAUAGAUAUUCUUGUCCUUUAAUUGAUUCCUUUCAAAGUUCAGAUACUUAACAGUGCACAAAAGAAUCAGAGACCAACCAGAUCAUUUAUUCCACACGAAAGAAUGUAUUUUAAGCACGUACUAUUUAGCACAUUAGGAGAAAUAUAGAGGCCAUAAUGAACAGCAGCUUAUUUUCAUAUUGUUGGAUUGAUCCUGUUUCAGAAUUUAAGAGAUUAAAUUUUAAGCCGGUUAGUCACACACAUCGGAUGCGAAGGCGAGAGAUAUCUGGUAGAUUGUGAUGCAUUUUUACCCUAUCCGUAUGUUGUUUGAAAUAAAAAAAUGCUUGGAAGCCUUCAGAUAAGGCUUGUUGACGCA